UAUUUGCUACCGGAGCAAAACUGCAACUGCUUAUAUAAAUCCAUCAUGGUUCUUACAGCAAAAUAAUUUGUAGAUUCAGCAAAUUAUAUCUAGUAAUUAGUAACUAGUACUCUUAGUAAAUCUUUUUGCUGUCCAUAUAAUAACGAUAAGAUUUUGCUGGACUAGCAGAAAAUUUGCUAGGUCAGCAAAUUAUUUUACUGCGUGUAGGAAAAAACCAAUAGGAGCUAAGCGCAGAAUGUCAUAUACGAAGAGUUUAAUAUGAUUUAAUAUCAUGAGAAAAACUUUUAAUGCAAAAACGUUUCGGUUGAUUACUCAAUACUAAAGAUAUACUCAAUACUAAAAUAAUAUUAGAAGACAUCGGAAAUACGGUGUCAAUCCAAUUCAGUAAAUAAAGUCUUGUAAAAAAAAGUCCAAAAGUGUUGUGUCUGCGGUAGACGAAAGUGAUGGUCAAAAGAGCAAGUGUCAUUCACCUAAACGUUUCCCGACAAUUGGAAGAGAGUCAAAUAGAUCAGAGUGAAAAACCCUUGAGUUCAAAAACUGCGAGCAACACCCGUCCUAAAAGCUAGUCAAAAGGAUAUAAAAGAAAGAACAAUAUUUUAUCACAAACAAGCAGUACAAUUCUAAUUUUACGACACUUGCUCUUUGAAUAUUCUUACUCUUGAUGACUAAUUAACCGAAACGUUUGCAUUAAUUCACAACAGUUUUUCUAAUGUAACAUUAAACCACAUUAAACUCUUCGCAUAUGACAUCCUGCGCUUGACUCUUGACAUAUUUGAUUGUACAUCAUUUGAGCUUUUACUUUAUUAUUAAUAUACAGAGUAUCUGAAUUUAAAAAAUGUACGACCGAUCAUGUACACAUAGAAUUUGUUAAACUGAAUGAAGGAAUCUUUAGCAUUUCGUAAACUACCACGUAAAUUUUCGAGAUAUUGCGCGUUAUCACACAUUCCGAAUUCUUCUGUAAUUAAUAACUCAAAAUUUCACGUGGCCAUUUGCAAAAUGGUAGAGGGAUUUUGUGUUCAAUUUGACGUGAUCCAUGUGUACAUGUUAUGAGCCACUUUGCGUCAGGCACUCUGUAUAUCGAUAGGAGGGUAUAAGCAAGAGAAACGGCCGAGCUUUUUCCUCUUGCCACAUAUCCUCUUCUCUCUCCAGGUGGACGAAAUGACGACUUGUCCGAUAUUAAGUACUUUUGAACUCGAUAUUUAUGGGCAACAUCGGUAUAAACGAGAAACACGGCGGCACGAAUGAACGAGCGAACGAACGGGUUUGUAUUAUUAUCGGGAAUAUCGACACUUCGCGAUAUACGCGAAAUUAUUCGCGUGGUGCGAUGAUAAUCAGCGAACGAAAGAAUCAUCAUUUAAUUAAUCUCGCCAGCGUGAUCAACGAUCGCAGUUAGAAAGCACAUUAACGAUCGGUUCUUGGAUUACGUCGAUAUUGCCGUCCUUCUCCCUUUCUUUCUCUCUCUCUCUCUCUCUCUCUCUCUCUCUCUCUCUCUCUCUCUGGCUUUAUUAUUCAUAAUUUGGUCUAUGAUCGUGCGGGCGAAAUUACGGAACACGGAAAUAAAUCACCGGCUAUUUCCGGUCGAUUAAGCGGGGCGGAACCUAUUCUAUUGUUAUUAAUUCUAUUGCUAUAUAACGUAACCAUUAAUUGCAGUUUAUGCUCGAUAAUUAUAAUAAAUAGAGAUUGGUGCGGAUUUGCGCAGUAUGCAGGAGAAAAAGGAAAAAAAGCAGUCGGAUCUGAGAGACCGAGACUGCAUUAGUCUAGAUGUUCAUCGAAUCGAGUCAACAUGUCGUCCAUGCGAACGCAGUCGACCGGAGGCGGUGUUCUCGGUUUGAGUAGCAUCGGCUCCGAUCGUACGGGCGCAACUUCGACCGGCGCCGGCUCCCAUUCGCAUUCCCAUUCGCACAGAAGGCAUCAUCAUCACCAUAGGAGCAGAAGCGCUCCCCGGGCACUGGAGAAACCGCCCAGAAAGCGUCAUCUAAAUCCUGGACGGAGUCUCGCUUCCAUUCCCUGUCAGAUCAAGCUGUCGAUGCUGAACAGCGGCCUCAUCUCGUUCACCACGGAAGAAUUGGGGAGCAGCAUGAGCACCACCUUGCCGUCCGCGCCGACUGAGCUUUCGCAGUUCCCGAAGCUGUGCGAGCUACGCCGAAAAUACCCGGUGCUGUACCGUGUGGAGUUUCAGACGGCGACGAAGGUGGAGACGCAUUCAUGCCGACACGCCACGAAGCCCGCGAACAAGGAGAAGAACCAGAAUCCAAAGUGUAUUCCAUAUGACUAUAAUAGGGUAGUGUUGGAGACGAUAGAAGGCGAGCCCGAUUCCGAUUACGUUAAUGCCUCCUAUGUAGAUAGUAUAUUGAAGCCGAACGCUUACAUUGUCACUCAGGGACCUAUGGAGAAUACAGUGACGGAAUUCUGGCGGAUGGUCUGGCAAGAGCAAGCUUCCUGCAUCGUUAUGCUCACGAAAACUUUCGACUUCAUCAAGGUGAUGUGUGUGCAGUACUGGCCGGCGAGCAAAGACAAAGACGAGGAAUACGGCGGGAUCGGCGUUUCCGUUUUAAAAGAGGAGGAACUCGCCAAUUUUCACAUAAGGACGAUAAAGCUUUACAAGAAAAACGAGAACGACGAGGUUACGGAGGAAAGGACAUUGCUGCAAUUUCAUUACACGGAGUGGCACUCGCACACGUGUCCGUUCGGAAACGCGGUGCUGGAAUUCAGACGUCGUGUACGAGCGGUUGUGGGAUCGACGAUAACAAACGAAUCCGGACCUAUGAUCGUUCACUGCAACGACGGAGGCGGACGAUCGGGGGUAUAUUUAGCGAUCGACGCAAACAUGGAGCUGGCCGAAGAAGAGGACGCGUUCGACGUGUUUGGUUACUUGAAGAAGCUGAGGCAGAGCAGAAAAGGACUCAUCGAGAACUUGGAACAGUACAAAUUUAUAUACGACACGCUGGAGGAGUUCGUGGUGUGUGGCACAUCGUGGUUUCCCGUGGCGGAGCUGUCACAACGGCUGAAGCAGAAGAGCGUAAAGAAUCCGAUAACCAAGAUGAACGAGUAUCAACGAGAAUACCAGCAGAUCUGCAAGCAGACUCCGCGUUUCACGAUCGGGGACUGCGCCGGUGGUCACAGGGCCGACAACAGGGAGAAGAACAGAGACGUCUUGGUAGUUCCACCGGACAACUUUCGACCGUACCUUACCAGCUUUCAGGGCAACAGUUUCACGGAUUACAUAAACGCCGUCUUUGUGGACGGAUACACGAAGCCACGGGAAUAUAUCGUGACGGAAUGGCCCCUUCGACACACGUGCGGUGAAUUCUGGUCUUUGGUUUACGACUACGAAUGCGCCGCGGUAGUCGUGCUGUGCGUGCCGGUUCAGGGCUCGACAAAUUUCCCCAGUUUCUGGCCGGAGGGAAGGCACUCGAAGAAAUACGGCCCGGUGUUCACGAUCGACCACAUCAGCCACAAUCAUUACACCAACAUAAAAACCUGGGUCUUCAGGGUAAACAAGAAAAUCGUCUCAUUGACUGAAAUGAUGGCGGGUGUGAAGGCACCGCCGAAGACCGUACAACUGUUCCAAUUGACCUGUUGGCCGAUGGGCCACAAAGUGCCCACUUCCACCAACAGUUUAGUCGAGCUCAUGAAUAUGGUCGAGAGAUGGAGGCAACGGACAGAUUACGGGCCGGUAGCGGUUGUAUCGCCCGAUGGCAGAAGUCGUUGCGGGGUCUAUUGUGCAGCCAAUGCAUGCAUAGAACAAGUCAUCCAACACGGCGAGGUUGACAUCUUCCAAGCUGUCAAAACUGUACGCAGACACAGGCCUCAGCUUGUGGAAAACAUGACGGAGUACAAAUAUUGCUAUGACCUGGUCCUGCACUACGUGCUGCACUACCUGAACAAAGAUAUGAACGAGAAGAAGUGAGAAAACGAGUUGAGGGACGAGCUGUGGUUCAUCGAGUUCGGUCGCGGGGCGGCACUGCCGUUAACCCCGGA